UCGCACACACGAUGCUCGCGCGGGAUCGAUCGGCAUGCACGCAAAUCAGCUGGCCUGGCGCAGGCGAUCGCGACGACUGUAGUAUAGGUCAUGUUUUGUAACCUUUGCAUUGGGAGUAAUAUUCAUUGCAUGUGUUGUGUUAUAAUUCAUUUUCACACGAAACAUGUAUACCAUUCUCGUUUGCAGCUUGAGAGUUCGAGAUGGCAAGUCGAUCUAAAACCCAUCAACCUGUAAAAUACAAAUCUAAACGGGUUUGUGAGGAGAAAUUUGACUGCGACGGAUCGAAUGCUAGCUACGAAUGCUUGAAUUGCGGAACAAGACAGUGCGAACAUUGUGAGCAACUUCUGCACAAACCAGAGAGACCAAAAUUUGCAAGUCAUAUUAGACGAAAAAUUGAGCAACUUCCUUGCGCUGUUGAAUGUGCCCUGUGCCCAUAUAACCCUGCAGAAUUUUCCUGCUUGGAGUGUAGAACUGUGAUUUGUCAAGACUGUAAUAAGGAAUAUCAUCGAGGGAAGUUAACUGGACAUCGACGCACUCCGCUACCAAAACAAAAACAAAACAAAGAGGUGGCCAGUGAUACGACACAUGCACAACAAAGCCCGACGAGCGAGAUGAAUCCAUCAAAAUCUUCGCCAGAAAACUGUCUGCCCCUCUCUCCAUUUCUCGAUUCUUUGAGUGAGCCAACGCCAUGUGAAAUCAAGGAGAGGCAAACUACAAUCUUAACUGGGGAUAUUUCAUCAUCUUCGACUGGAUUAAACCUUAUUGAUGAGUUAACGUUGGACUCUGAUUUCCACAGUUUGACAAUGCUGGAUAAGAAACCUUCGCUAUCUACUCCGGAUGACAACGAUAUAGAAAGAGAUGAAUUUUUGUCUUUGGAAAGUGUAAGCAGUGGCCAGGGUGGACCGAAAUCAUUGGAAUUUCUCUCGGGACACUUUGAGAGCUUGGAGAAACCCUCUAUUGCACAAUCGAAUGCAAUAGCCAUACCCAAGGCUCCAGAGAGCAAUGUAAACAGAAGUGCAGGUGGUUGCAUGACAGUGACUCACAGAACCACACGGGCUCACGGCAAACCCGGAAGUGGUAGGAAUGUAAACAAACAUGGUGCAGGAGCGGUGCAUGGUGGUCAUGGGGAGAGAGUUGUGACAUCAUCAGGGAAUCCCCAAGGCAGUCACCCCAAAACAGAGGACAUUCAAAGCAACCAACCAUUUCUGGACCAGACUUCGUCUCCAAGUCCGAGGCAUUCUGAGUUCUUCAGGUCCAAUUCUGGCUCCGGGGAGUGGACCCCUUCUCAGGGCCAACCGUUGUCACACAGUUUGGAGAGUUCUGGAGGCCGGAAGAGGAUGGAAGCGAUUGUGAAACCUGUAGGGAGUGUGAAGGCUGUACCAUCAUCACCCAGAGAGAAACAAGUGGAGAGCAAAAAGAAGACUCCCUCAUCACCACAACCACCACCACCACCAGUGAAUGAGCUUGCUGACUUGGAAGCUGCUGAAGAUGAGAUUGAUCUUGUUGAUCCUAACCAUGCGAAGGGCUUUCUACUUGUUGAUGAUUCAGAGACACUUCAGGUAAAUUCAGCAGAAGCGUUGGUGGAGAAAUUAAAGUGCGAGUUGAAGACACCUGUCAAAGUAAUCUCCAUCUUUGGGAACACAGGAGAUGGUAAAUCUCACACCCUCAACCACACCUUCUUUGGAGGGCAGGAAGUGUUCCACACCUCCCCGACCCAGGAGUCCUGCACCAUCGGCGUUUGGGUAGCCUACGACGAAAGAACCAACAUCAUCGUUGUGGACACGGAAGGCUUGCUAGGGGUAUCCAGCAACGAGAACAAACGCACCAGACUCCUGCUGAAGGUGAUAGCCAUCUCCGACGUCGUCAUCUAUCGCACGAGGGCCGAUAGGCUGCACCGAGAUCUCUUCCAGUUUCUGGGCGAUGCGUCAAAGGCAUACCUGAAACAUUUCACUCCAGAGCUGAAAGUGACUUUGGAGAAGUGUAAAAUUAAAGGACCCGUGUCGACCCUCGGACCAGCAGUGAUCGUUUUCCAUGAAACUACUCAUACAUUACCACUAGGAGCUGUUCAACCACAGAGAAGCACUGGAGGGCUCAAGUCGGCGGAUACUCUCCUCCAGGAGCGCUUCAAGGAGCACGGGUGCCACAUGGAUGCCUUCAGCUGUGUCCAGUACAUUGGUAUCCAGACCAUCAAGCCUCCGACCAACUUCAAGCCCCUGAAAGAGGCCAUCCUGACCCAUGUUUACAACAGCACCGUUCGGUCACCGAGGUCACCCCAAGUUGUAUACCACGCACUGAAGGGCCUGAAUGAUAAGUUCAGUGGUGCAAUCGACCGUGAGGUUCCAUCUCCGUUCCCCGACGAGUACUUCACCUGUUCCACCCGAUGCCUCUCCUGCAACGCUCGUUGUACUAACACCAUGAACCACAUCCAGGAUAACAUCAUACAUGAGAACCUGUCGCGCUGUAAAUAUCAGCAUCAGUUUGAUAACAGGGUCUACAUAUGCAAGAGCUGCUAUCAGGGUGGGCAAGAGGUAGUAGUAGUACCAAAGAUGUGUUCAGCUACCGAUAACUCCUGGAUGGGCAUGAUCAAAUAUGCAGUCUCGGGGUUUGUGUUGGAAUGUCCCCACUGUGGUGUUAUCUAUCGUAGCCGGCAGUAUUGGUAUGGCAACCAGGAACCGGAGAUGGAAGCAGUCAGAACAGAGAUUCGACAUGUUUGGCCUGGGGGUAGUACAGUGCUGCAAGGGACUCACAACGCAGGGCGACGCCUGCUGGAUGGAAUACACCAGGUAGUGGAUGUAGUCAGCAGUGUCAGUGCUAAACCUACAACUAUGAUGUCACAAUGGAUGAUGGAUCAGAUCGCGCCUCCGUACUGGAGACCAAAUGCUGAGAUCACGGCCUGCCAUAGAUGCGGCAAGAAGUUUGACGAGACGGAGAAGUUACAUCACUGCAGGGAAUGCGGGGAGGGAUUCUGUGACGAGUGCUCACAGCAUCAGCUACCGGUCCCGGAGAGAGGCUGGGGACCCAAGCCUGUCAGGGUCUGUGAUGGAUGCUUUCAAAAGAAGACAUCGGAUGUUGGUGGUGGGAAGAUGCCUGCAGUGGAUGAUCUCCAAGCCGAGUUAGAGAGUGCAAUGAAUGAUGAGCCGCAGCCGGUCAUGGCCAGGAAGGUCGGAGAGGUCCUCCAGACAACCUUGGGUGUCCUCGGAACUGCAGUCAACUACCCUGCAGGUAUGUUGAUCGAGGCUGCCAGGCCGGCAUACUGGAUCCCUGACAGCGAGAUCACACACUGCAUAGCCUGCAAGGAGGAGUUCACCCCCAAGCUGAAGAUCCACCACUGCAGAGGCUGCGGGCAAGGUGUGUGCGUCGACUGCUCCGCGAGCAGGCGACCGGUGCCCUCUAGAGGCUGGGACAUGCCAGUCAGGGUGUGCAGCCUGUGCAAUGCCAAGGAAGGACAACUCUGAAAUGCUGUGCGGGGAUGGAUGGAUGGAUGGGGAAAGGCGUGGGUGGGAUUCCAAAUUGCUCAUGCGCCACCCAUCCUAGCAUCGUACUGUCCUUACUGUGUGAUCCUAAAAGCUAAGCAUGACUUAAGUCCCUGCAUUUUUAAAUGCAAUACUUAAUGCUGGCUUGAAUGGCAACAAGAGCAGAGUGAAGCUACCCAGUGGAUACUGGCAGCAACUUUCAGCCUCUUGUUAGUCACCAGACAUUUUGAGUAUUGUGGCUCUUUUUCCAGUGGCAUAGAGCAGUUUAUAUUGCAGAGUAAGCUCAAAGAGUCAAGAUAGGUUGAAAAGGCUUAAUCGAUGAAACAUAUUUUGAAAGGCCUUCGAGAUAUUUUACUGUUGCCUUGUAGAACAAAUUAAAAGACGGAGGCAAACGACGUGACAUGGUGAGUGUCGCGACUGGUCACUCAUAACAACUAACAUCACCUAACUAACCAUUUUGAUAGAUGAAGUAUGAAGUAUGGUUAUGGGGUCACAACCAUUGACCCAUCACACACUCAUCAAGUUAUGGGUUAUAUUAGUCAGUAUUAUUGAAAGUUGAACAGGAGGUGGAAAAUAUUCAACAGCGUCACUUUAUCAAUUUUUCAAUCCAUUUACAAUUAUAGCAAUGUGUAAACUAUUUUGAGGUGUACGGUAUAUGUGUGUGUAUGGAUGAAUCCUUGCAUAUAUAUAGUAUGGAGUUGCAGAAUACCUUUCACUAAUUUGGGGAUACCUGGUAAUGCAUAUUAGAUGAUUGGACCACUGUCUCUUGAAGUCUGUAAUCCUGCAAAUGCCGUUAUCUAUCUAUGCUCAUUAUUAAAGGCUUCAUGAAACAGAUUACAUAACAAUUACGACAUCUUCGUUGGAGUGAUUCUAGACUAUACGUAUAAGAAACAUUUAUUUUGUUCAGAUGUUGGUAUGUCAAACUUUGUCCAACACGGAGUGUAUACAUUUGAAAAGCAUCCAUCAGUUUCUCCAGGCUUCAAUUUAAGUUCUGAGUAGGGACAUGCCGGUGGAUACAAAAUACAGUUCUCCAAAGUUACGCAAAGAUUUCCUCAAGGAAGUGUUUCAAUGAUCUCUAGUUCGCUUAAAUUUGAUGAAUUCGUUCAUUAAUUUUCCUUUUCUUAGGAUCAUCUAUUGAAAGAUUUCUUAGUAUUGUUCGCUUCUGUGAUAAGUAAUUUCACAUCCCAUUGGAAGUCAGAUUUCCAUUAAAGAAUAUCACAGUCGUUUUUUUCUUCUUUUAAGUUAUAGAUGUUGACAUAACCAGUUUAUCAGUUAUUCUCUGAUGGUGAUUCAAUUUUACUUUCAAGUGCAAUAUUCUGUAGAUAUAAUGGACAUGAAUAAUUAUAGAUGACCACUCAUUAUUAAACUUGCCAUUAAUUUUUGAGUAGUUUCAAUUGUUUUAUAUAUUUUAAUGAAAUGGAUGCAGUUGAUAUGAAAUUGAUGAAAAAAAAAGAAUUUCAUUGUUACAUGCAUAUUAGUAUUGAUGAAAAGAAAAUCAUUGUUACAUGCAUAGUAAGUGUAACACACAGAUUAAGUCAUGCUGUAACUUGUUUACACAAAUUUUCAGCAUUUUAUUGGGAUAAUUUGCUAACAUUUUGUGAUUUCUCAUAUAUGUGUCAUAGGUAUGUGUCAUAUAUUUUCAAAUAAAAAAAUGCAAGGUGAAUUGGGGAGAAUCAAGAAUGUUCCUGUUUUGUGUAUUUUCAUUAUGUAUGAAUAUCCAUAUAUUGAAGCAGAAGAAACUGUAUAUUUCAACGACUGAAAGGUUUGCCGAGAUAGACAUGUGUAAAGUAUAUUACAAACAAAUGAUCUGUAUCUGCAAAUGUGUGGUGUAAUAGCUUGGGUGAUUGAAAAACUGUGGCUCUGAGAACAAAAAGCAUAUCGUUAUGAAUCUCUAUUCUAUUGGAACUAGAUAGUCCUCAUAGAAAGCCUAUUCAAAAUGCAGAAUUCACUAAUUGCACUUGCCUUAGGUGAAGAAAAGAAAAACAACAAAAAGCUACACAUUGCUUUUGUAUGAAAGUACAUGUAUAUUUCUACCUACUUAGUAUAAGAAUACACAUACUUGAAAUUGAAAAGAUGCUUGUUGGGCUUUGUUCCACUUGCUAGUUCAGUGUGAAAUAUACACUUUCAUCACUUAAUAUUUUUUUGUGUCAUUGUGGAUAAUGAAAUGCUAAUAUAACUCACAUACAUCUCACUUUUAAAUGUCACUCAAUCGCAUCAUUACAACACUCGUGCAAAUAUCGAAGGAAUUGCUAGCUUAAACCAUAAGCUACACAUCAUUUACAUGUAAUGGAAGCAUCAUUGUUUAGCGAUUUUGACUCUGUCCUUGCAAUGAGAGGGUUGUGUCGUGUGGUCUAAUCCCACCACAGUCUAGUGUCCUUAGGCAAAGGCGUCAAUCCACACUUUGCCACCCAGGUUUAAAUGGGUACCCGGAAGGAUGCGAAACCCUAUGUAGUAUGCCUAGCAAUUGAGUCUUGGAACUUAGAAUGCUCCCCGGGGAAUAUAGAAAGCGCUUACUUUUUUGUGGGGGCAUGUCAGGAUCCAAUGACCGAGGUUAACUGCUUAGGGACGUUCCGAUGUAUUAAGCGCUAUAUAAAAGUGGAUAAUUAUUAGUUAGAACCCUUGUUCUAACUUCUUUAUAAAUUCUUCAGUAGAUACAUGUAAAUUUAUUUUGUUUUUUUCAGAUUAUUUCAAAUGGUAUCAUUCCUUUUUUGUUUCUGUCUUUUAUUUCCAGUUUCACUUGAAUGUUGCUUAAUUACUUUCAUUUUUAUUAUUUCAUUGUGUGCUUAGGCAUUAUAUUUUCACAUGAUCUUCAAGGGGGGGGGGGGUUCAUAUGAAAUGAGGAAAUGGGCUUUUAAUAUAUUGCAAUCUGGUUGAUAGAACAAAUAUGAAAUGAAUAUUUCUAAGAAUGGUUUACUUUCAAUAACACCCAUGAAUACUAAUCUCCAUGACUUCAUAUCUUCCUUCUGCAUUAUUUUAGCCCCAUUAAUUGUUUUGGAAGAGCUUUUAUUUUGAAAGCUUUAUACCUCGGUCACAUCUGCUUUAUGUCUGCCGUACGGCAAGUCGAAAACAGUUGUUUAAAAAAUUUUUUACCAGCUAUAUAUAGUGGGGUUUGAAUAAAAAUGAAAAAAAUGACUCUUUUCGACUUCCCGUACAGCUGCCGUGGCAAAUGUGACCGAGGUAAUAGUAAUGGAAUAUUUUGGUUAUCAAACAAAUGUCGUUCAUAGCAAUGUACCUUGCUGUUUUGAUGCGGAUUCUUUAACAGGGGAAACAUUAGAAUAUUACCAGGGCCCUAUCUUAUAGAGAUCAAACUCAACUAUGGAAAUCCAACAAUGUCAUAAUUUUUCAUACUGGAAAUUAGCACAGUGCCCUCCGGAAACAAAG